GAGGCGCCAAGAACGUUCAAGAGAGCAACGUAAAAACAGCCGCUCUCGCUUUAAAUGGCUCCGGGCCUCACCUGCGUGUUAACUCCGGGACUCGCCGGUGCUGGUUGGACGACGAUGAGCCGGUGGGCAGACGGAGAACACGAGAUAAAAAAAAAAAAGAAAACCGUGUCAAACUCCACUGACUCCCGGUUCAACGUGUCCGAUCAGUGGCCACUACUAGUCAGUGGAGAGCGUCCCCACCUCCCCUCGGUACUGCAGGGCGAAGCUGUGCAGAGGGAGCGGAGACACCUACAGAGGAGCGUCCCGGAGCAGCUCCCCGCAGGACACCUGUGGAAAGUCGGGCGGAGUCAGCCAGGAUGAUCCCAGUGGGCGAAUUCCGGAACUUUGCCUCGGAACCAAAUCCGAAGUUUCGGGUUCUAAAGCCAUGGUGGGAUGUUUUCUCAGAGUACCUGUGCAUCGCUAUGCUCAUGAUCGGGGUCUUUGGGUGCACUCUACAGCUAACACAGGACAAGAUUUCCUGUCUCCCAAGCCACUUCACCAGCCCAACCCCAGAAGCCAUUGACUGCAGCCACAUCCGGGACUACGGGGAGAACGAGACAUGGGAGCACUCCCUUAUAAAGCCUGUGAGCCCCAUCAUACGGGAGGUGUUUGGUCGUAAGAACAACCUUGACAUCCAUCAGUAUGUGUUUGUCAACCACUACUGCUAUGAGAGGGCUGUUCAUUGGUAUGGAAAGUACUUUCCGUAUCUGGUUGUCAUACAUACUAUGAUCUUCAUGGUAGCCAGCAGCUUUUGGUUCAAAUUCCCUGGAACCUCUUCUAAAAUAGAGCUCUUUGUCACCAUCCUUGGGAAGUGUUUUGAUUCACCCUGGACCACUCGGGCCCUGAGUGAGGUUUCUGAGGAAAGAGGUGAGGAGAAAUUAGUUAUUAUGAGGAAGAGCACCAUGACAAAAUCUACCCCGGAUGCACCAGAAGUGGAGGAGGAGACUAUGGGACUUCUGCGAUCCUCCUCUGUCAAGUCUAAUCCAGAUAAGAAGAAUCCAGAGCCUCAACCAGCUGCCUCAGUCCUGGAUAAAAAGGAAGGAGAGCAGGCCAAAGCUCUGUUUGAGAAGGUGAAGAAGUUCAGAACUCAUGUGGAGGAGGCAGACAUCUUGUAUGUUAUGUAUGUGUUACAGACCUCCCUCAAAGUCUUCAAGUUCCUGUUAAUCACUAUAUACAGUGCUGCACUGGUUCCCAACAUUCAGAUUGUUGUACGUUGUCUUGUUCCUCCUGAACUGACUGGUUUUGAUAUCUAUUGCUGUAAUCACAACAAGGCCCAUCUUUUCUCCAAAUUAGCCUACUGCUACAUCUGUUUUGUGGGAGUGUAUGGACUUUUAUGCAUCUACACCCUUUAUUGGUUGUUCCAUCGACCUCUUAAGGAGUACUCCUUUGAACAUGUAAGACUGGAGACAGGUAUCAACGACAUUCCAGAUGUGAAGAAUGACUUUGCAUUUCUCCUCCACCUCAGUGACCAAUAUGAUGCUCUUUACUCUAAACGCUUUGCCUUCUUCCUCUCUGAGGUCAGCGAGAGCCGUCUCCGCCAGGUCAACCUCAACCAUGAAUGGACUGCCAAAAAGCUGCGCACCAGACUCGCAAAGAAUGCCAGUGACCGUCUAGAGCUCCACUUGUUUAUGUUACCUGGGCUCCCAGACACAGUUUUCGAGAUUCCAGAGGUGGAGUCACUCAAACUGGAACUCCUCACAAAUGUCACCAUCUCGGGGAAUGUGGCACAGCUUGGUUCACUCCAGGAACUUGUACUGAUCCACUGUCCUGCCAAGCUCCAGCUAGCUGCCCUGAUCCAACUCAGGGAGCAUCUCAAGGUCCUGCGUUUGGUGUUUGAGAGUUUAGAACAGGUACCUCUGUGGAUGUACAACCUGCACAACCUGGAAGAGUUACAUCUAAGUGGCCCUUUGAACAAUGAUGUCUCCCGGAGCACAACUCUGGAUUCCCUCAGAGAGCUGAAAGUUUUGAGCAUCCUUACCCUCCGCAGCAACCUCACUAAGAUACCACCAAGUAUAGGGGAUGUCGCUGUGCAGCUCCAGCGGUUGUGCAUAUAUAAUGAAGGUUGUAAGCUCCAAGCCUUUAGCAUCCUCAAGAAACUAACCAACCUGGUCUCCCUGGAGCUGGUGGGGUGUGAGCUGGAGCGUAUCCCUAGCGCUGUCUUCAGCUUGUCUAACCUUCAGGAACUAGACCUCAAGGAGAAUAAGCUGAACACUGUGGAGGAGAUUCUAAGCUUACAGCAUUGUCAGCGGCUGGUGACGCUUCGCCUUUGGCACAACAACAUCACCUACAUCCCCGAGCACAUCAGCAAGCUGCGCUCCCUGGAAACUCUGGAUAUCAGCUGGAACAAAAUCAGAAAUCUCCCCUCAAGGAUGUUCUAUUGCACCAAACUAAGACACCUGGAUGUCUCCCAUAACCAGCUUACCUCCCUCCCUACUGAGGUGGGCAUCCUGCAGAGUCUCCAGUUCUUCUCUGCUGCCUUCAACUCUUUGGAGACACUGCCAGAAGAGCUCUUCUCCUGCAAAAGGUUAAAGAUCUUGGCCCUUGGAAACAACCGUCUGACCUCCCUGAGUCCCAGGGUGGCCAACCUGGCUCAGCUAGUCCGACUAGAGCUCAAAGGGAACCGUCUAGAAUCUCUACCUCUUGAAAUAGGACACUGUCCCUUACUUAACCUCAUGGGGGUGAUUGUAGAGGAUAGCCUGGUGAAUCAGCUGACGUCAGAUGUAAGAAACAGAAUGUCUGAUUUAGAUGAGUCAGAAGUUAUCAAUGAAUUGUAAAGGUUUUUUUUUUUGUAGGGUUGUCUUCAGUGUUGCAUUGAUGACAGAAUAUGUCGAGUAUCAAAUUAUACCAAAAGGUGGAUAUUUUUUUAAUGUGGUAUAAAACAAAAGGGAAACCAUAACCUAAGUAUGGCAGGAUAAAUUGUGAAUUAACUCUGAAGAAUUUUGAUCUAAACUUUUCAAUGAAGAGCUUCUUUUUUACACUCAUGGACAACGUAGUAUCAUGUAACUCAAGGUCAAAUAUAAUAGAUGAAUGACCAACUUUUUUUUUUUAGGAGAAAACAUUUUAAACUUCGAUACAAAUGUGCUUUUAUAAAUGUUUUUUAAUAUAAAUGAUGU